AUUCGCCUUGUAACCCGAUAUGACGUAACGUCCACGUCACUUGGCAGACGCGCAUUGCACGCAUUGCUUCCGCAGCACCCAGAGAAAGAAGUACCACUUGAAAGUUUGCUGAAGAAGUAUAGCGCCUGGGCUAUAUCGUGCCUGUGUCUACCGCUGUGUUCGUGUAUGGGUUCUCACAUGUGUCGUCGGCGUGUCGUCGUAAGGAAGGCACCUGCUGAAAGCCUGGACUGCACCUGGUUGCUGCGUUGCGCCGCGCUACUGACUUACACGUGGGUCGUGGUUGCACACGUCGACUCAACGUACCAACACGCCCCUAAACCGUCGAGCGCGGCGGCGGCCGAACUCCAUCUCAAAUGGUCUGCAGCGGAGGUGGUUCGAGAUCUAGAGCACAUUAAACAAGACGUGGCGAAAAUGCUUCAUCUUCAGAGCACCGGAGAACUGUCCCCGGAAGAAGUGUACUUUUAUUAUUUCAGGAUGCACGACUUCGACGAAAAUAAUUUGCUGGACGGCCAUGAGUUGAAGGUCGCCAUGUUGCACACCAUCGCCCACCAACCUGGCGGGGAGACCUCUGUGCCCGAAGAAGCGAUCGCAGGUUACGUGGAUGCCGCCUUGAAGUCGGAUGCAAACCAGGACGGCUUCAUUUCGUACCCGGAAAUCAGGGCAGCUAUGUAAUCAUAUGGACAAGUCCCUCACUCGCGAACCGAAGCAUCGUCAUUCAUUAGCAAUGUCAAUAAAUACUCCAUUUAAUCUCCGGAA